AUGACUGGGCAUCCGGCCAGUAUCUUCGCUUUGGGACCCGAUGGAAAGGUCACUGCCACCUGUGAACGCUUCGAAAUCUACGACAACAACAACAAGCAGCUCUUCUUUGCGGAUAAGGACGAGAUCGGCCUCAAGUUGGAAAAUCUGAGGAUUUUGGACGACGGCGGCAGCGUGUUUGAAGGCGCCAUCCAGACGGCAUUCAUCCGCCCCGAAACGGACACCCCGUUACGGCUGGAAUCCCCGACUCGCACCGUACUUGUCGAAGCCGGCCAAGACAUUGAAAUGCUCUCGUCGGCCGGAGAAAUCCACCUUCAGAGCCUCCUUGACGUGAACAUCGUCAGCAAGCAGGGUGAAAUUCGGCUCGACUCGUCGAACAUCUACAUGAACGGAAUGAUCAAAUCGUCGGGCCGUGGAAAUCCGCAUAAUCAGCUAUGCGUGUGCACUAAUGGCCGUCUCUUCAUGGCUGCCCAGGGAGCCGACUGCCGAGCGGAUCGAAAUAUUUGCGAA